CGCAGUCGCUUAGCAGUAGCACAGCAGUGGUGCCAUCGUCACAAUCGAUGCGGUGGUGAACUUUCAGUACAAUUCUACGGUCUUCCCUUGCUGGAAGGAAGGACGGUCGCUCGCAGCACUUGGCCACUAUGUGUUAUUGGUGAAGAAAAAAUAAAGAAGAAAAGAAAAAAUAAAGAACUGUAUAAAAUUAUUGUAAAUAAAGAUUAUAAAAUAGUGCAAUUAAAAGUCAACAAAUCAAUAGUGACACUGUGGUUGGUUGAAAAGUAGUACGGAAAACAAAUUUUGCAACGAGCAACUUGAAAUUUGAUUCUUGCUACUGCUGCUACUGCUGCAAAUACGCAACAAUAUAAUAUGCUGUGUAUCUGAAAAUUGUAACGCCACCACCAUCAUCACCACCAACACCUCAGCGCCCAACCGAACACCCACAUCCACUUUUACGCUGCCACCAACACGUUUGCAGUUGUGUGUCAUACCAAGAAGAAGAAAAGCUAAAAAAAUAAUAAUGAAAAGGCUAUAGUAAAAACAAAAAAGUAGAAAAAGUGUAUACAGGAAGCAAGGACUGCGACGAAAACAACCUCUACAGUGACAACUUGAGACAAAUGGUGCUAAACGCGGUACAAGUGGCAAAAGUGGAGUUCGAAUAAUCGAAUUCAGUCAGUCAGUCAGUCAGUCAAUAUUAGUACGAAUUAUGACCGAAUGAAAAUCGUACGAAAAAUACAACGAAAAGUACGUCGGGAAAACAACAGAAAACAGUGUUUCACUACAGUUUUUUAUUAUUAGCAAAUGUAUUUAUUAUCAAAGUGAAUUGUGCAAUUUUUAAGCCAACACACAUCGUUAGCUAUUAUACACCACAACACAGUGUAAAUUGUACGUAAAAUCCAAAAAAUCAAAGACUGAAAAGUGCAAAUGCAAGUGACAGUGAAAAUCAGAUAAACGCGUUUAAUAUACACAGCCACGAAGUUAAGCAGGCGUAAGCUGUGCGAAUAUCCUUUGAGGAAACAAACAACACAAAAUAACAAUAGCGCUUUGCGGAGACAAAGCUUAAAAUAAUCGCGACAACAACAACUACAACUACACAAGCAGCCAACAAAAAAAAAAAACAAUACAAAAUGAUUGUCCGAAGAAGAAGCCGCCGAGCACGUAUGUGGAAUAUGGGACUGCUGUUCCUUAUUUACUACUGUGUCAGUGUCUACUCGGCCAAGGGUGAGGGCAAAACGGAAGAUGUAAUUAACGCUGAGAGUUUACAAGAGGAAGGAGACAGCGGAUUAGGUGAGGCAGGUGGCAAUGGACCCUCGGAUAGUGAUCUUGCGGAUAGCGAUGUUAUGGAUAGUACGCUCAGCUCAAUAACAACAACGGAGAGUCCCCCUAUGACAACAGAAGCCACACAUAGCGCUGCCAAACACGCCGUACCCACUUGGCGACCCAGACGAAAUUGUACCCCGCCUGCCAUUGAACAAUUUCCUCAACCAUUGAUGAACAAAUGGGCACGUCAGCAUGGUGGACUCAUCCUUCAUGUACUCGUUGCCAUUUUUACGUUCUUCGGUUUGGCUAUCGUUUGUGAUGAAUACUUUGUCGCCAGUUUGGAUCGACUGUGUGAAGAAUUGAAGCUGUCACCCGAUGUAGCGGGUGCUACUUUCAUGGCAGCGGGUAGUUCCGCGCCCGAAUUGGCCACUGUGGUGAUCGGUGUAUUCUUUGCGCAGGACGAUAUCGGCAUUAGUGGCGUGAUUGGCUCGGCGGUGUUCAAUAUCAUGUUUGUGAUAUCGGUUUGUGCGUUGUGCUCCGGAACUGUGUGUCAACUGAAUUGGUGGCCGUUGGUGCGUGAUUGCUUCUUCUAUAGUCUCUCCAUAUUAGUGAUGCUGAUCAUCAUCUUCAAUGACGUUAUAUCUUGCUAUGAAUCUGUCUUCAUGUUGCUGUGCUAUGUGGGAUAUUGUGUGGCGCUACACUUCAAUACGGAACUGGAACGUUGGGCUUUGUCGUUAAAUUUACCAUUUAAGUUGCCCACAAAGGAAGAGCAAUCUUCGCUGGUGACCUAUAAGAACAUGCCUGAUAACUCAUAUACACAAGGCACACAGCAGCAACAACAGCAAACCAGUCUUACACAAGACGGUGCUUCUGGUUCUCAACAACAGCCACAGGGAACAAGCGAUUAUCAAAGUUAUGGAGAGCAAAGUACUAGUUGGGAUCCAAACGCCGCUUGGGGCGACGAACCGUCGACAAAUCCAGUGGGAGUCAGUGUUAGAUACGGCCAACCGCCCGGCGAAGAUGACUGGGGUACGAAUACGUUCUACGCCUCUGGACCUGGGUCGGGACAGGAUAAUAUGGCUUAUAAUCCCGAUCAACCGGAUGCCGUCGUCACACAAUCAAAUACAAAUGGUGACGGCAGCAAACCGACUGUGGGUAAACCACAACCAGCUGGUGUUGAAUAUUAUAAAUCGGCUGAUAAAUCGAAAGAGGCACGCCCCAAUCCAUUGGAACGUCCCACGGAAGGCGGACUUCCAACACUGAUCGCCUGGUAUGUCGUCUAUCCCAUACAUUAUUUAUGCCAGAAAACCAUGCCGGAUUGUCGCACCGAAAAAUACCGCAAUUGGUAUCCAUUCACAUUUAUCGUGUCGAUGAUAUGGAUUUCGUUCUAUUCAUAUUUUAUGGUUUGGAUGAUAACCGUGAUUGGUUCAACAUUGGCCAUACCCGAUACGGUUAUGGGAUUGACAUUUGUGGCUGCUGGUGUAUCUGUACCCGAUGCCCUAAGCUCAAUAGCGGUAAUCAAAGAAGGCUUCGGCGAUAUGGCCGUAUCGAAUGCGAUCGGCUCGAAUGUCUUUGAUAUCCUAGUGUGCUUAGGUCUUCCGUGGUUUAUACAAACGGCCAUUAUAAAGCCUGGCUCGCACGUCAAUGUCAUCUCGAAAGGCUUGGCAUACUCCACCUUAUCGCUCUUUUCGACGGUCAUCUUUCUCAUUAUGGCCACACAUUUGAACGGCUGGAAAUUGGACAAACGUCUCGGCAUAAUACUGAUGAUCUGGUAUUUGUGCUUCAUCACAUUGGCCUCGCUGUAUGAGUUGAACGUAUUUGGUUACAUGAACCCACCGGAAUGCGCCAGUGAAUAUUAAAGAAACAAAAGUGGCUGUGUUAAGUAUAUAGAAAAAACACCGAACAAACUGAAGAAGCUAGAGACAAAAGAUAAAUCAAAUCAAGCAUGCACAGGACUAAGCUAUUUCUUUACAGACAACAAGUUGUAUAAAUACUCUCAAAUGGGUCGACAUCAAGAAGGUUUCGCAGUUUUCUGAGGCAACAAAACAAAGUCAGUCAUAUAUAUGUGCUUAUUAGUGUCUGCUAAGCGCGACUUGGAUUUUGUUACGUUGCUAGACGGCUGUGUAGCGAAGCUGGACAAAUGCAUUUGUUAUGUUUACUUCACAAUUCUGAACUCUUGUCUUCUGCUAACGCAUCAUUUACAUAAGUAACUGGCACAGAAAACAACAACAAUAACACUUGCAAAUACAAUACAAACAGAUAUAUGUAUGAUAGAUAAGUAUCAAACUCUAAGCUCCAAGCUACAAGCUUCAUAUCUCAUUAUACAACAGUGCACACUGGACACAAGCUUACAUACAAACAUACAUACAUACAUACACAUGAAUACAUACAAAUACAGUUUAAUUACUGCAAAAACAGACAUCACUUGCCAUUAUCAAUUAAACGGCAACAGCUGUGUGCUCAGCGUAAUGAAAUAGUCAAAUACAGGGUGACUCAGAGCAGUCACACGUUGGCAUUGUGUUGUUAAAGCGCGAAAUUUGUUAAAAGCGACUUGUUAAUUAUAGCUGAAAAUAUAUUAUUAUAACUUGUAUAAAAUCUACUAUAAAACCUCCUAUUUGACCUGCUAACUUCCUCUACUGCUGGCGUCUCCAUAAACGUGUAUGUAUGUAUGCCACCAAACUGAAAACUUCCAGGUAUUGCAAGAAUAUACGACAAACUUAAACAAAUAUGACAAGAAAAUUGAAAUAAAAUAAUACAAAAACAAAAAAAAAAAAAAAACAAUUAUUAAAAUAGCUAAAACAAAAUCAAAUGUAACGAAAAGAUAGCGUAUACCAAUAUUAGCACGGCACCAUAUUUACAACAACAUUUUAAUAUACAAAUCAAUUCGUAAAAAGUAAAAUGUUAGUACAUACGUUUUUACAUCGCACGAAGCAAACAGUUAUAAAUAUAUACAUACAUAUAUAUAUUUAAUCAUAUGUAUUAAAAAUAUAAAUAUUGACCUAAUGCAAGUAAUACUCCUGAAAAUAAUUAAAUAAAUAAUAUUGUCUAAUAUGAAGGCUAAAACAAGAAUGUGGCUGAAAGGACUAGGUGCAAGGUUAUUUUUAAAGGGUUCUUGUGAAUUAUAACAAAAUAUUAAUAUUUAUUGAAUUUAAUUAUUUAUUAUUAUGCCGUUACUUAUUUGUAUGUUUUGGAGAAAAUUUAUUUUC